AUGAAUCGUGGAAAUUUCAUUGAAUUGAUAAAAUAUACAGCACAAUGGAAUGAUAAAGUUGCUGAAGUUGUUUUAGAGAAUGCCCCGAGAAAUGCUAAAUAUAUCGCACCAUCAAUUCAAAAGCAAGUUUUACAUAUUCUUGCUGACAAAGUGAGAAACAAAAUUCGUGAUGAAGUUGGGGAAUCAACUUAUUGUAUUCUUGUUGAUGAAGCAAAAGAUGCAUCUAAUAGAGAGCAAAUGGCCAUUGUUUUAAGAUUUGUUGAUAAGGAUGGUUUUGUACGAGAACGUUUUUUUGAGAUUGUGAGGGUUGAAGAUACUAGUUCGUUGACACUUAAAAAAGAGAUAUCUCGGGUUCUUAUGAAUUUUGGUCUCCAAAUUGAUAAAAUGCGAGGUCAAGGAUAUGAUGGUGCUAGCAACAUGCGAGGUGCAUGGAAUGGACUACAAGCAUUAUUUCUUAGAGAUUGCCCAUAUGCAUAUUAUGUGCAUUGUUUUGCUCACAGGCUACAAUUAGCAUUAGUUGCAGCAUCAAAAGAUGUGGCUCCUAUUUGGAUAUUCUUUUCAACACUGAAUUCCAUUAUCAAUCUUAUUACUGCUUCUCCCAAGCGCCAUGGUGAGUUACAAUCUACCCAAGAAAUUGAUAUUGCACAUAUGCUUGACACUGGUGAACGUGAGACAGAUAGAGGGCUUAAUCAAAUUGGUACCUUGCAUCGGCCUGGUGCUACUCGUUGGGGCUCUCAUUAUGAUUCUUGUUCAGAUUUAUUAAAUAUGUUUAAUGCAUCUUGUACAGUUGUUGAGACCUUGAUUAAGGAUGGAGCCUCUAAUUCUAUACGUGGGGAAGCAACUGGUACGUUCAAAGCGAUGACAUCUUACGAGUUCAUAUUUAUCUUGAAUUUGCUAGAAAAAAUUAUGGGACUUACUGAUAGCCUUUGUCGAGCAUUGCAAAAUAAAUCUCAAGAUAUUCUUACUGCCAUGAAUUUAGUUCGUAGUACAAAAGAUGCUCUUCAGAAAUUAAGAUUGGAGGGUUGGGAUACUUUCUUUGAGGAAGUGGAAUCAUUUUGCAAAAAGCAUGACAUCGAUAUGCCAGAUAUGAAUGCUCCUUAUAAAGCUGGUACACGUCGUUCUUGUCAACAACGUUUGUUUCGCCUAUUUCUGUUUUCUCUCAUAUAG